GUGGGCCACCAGUUGGACAGCCCUGCUCUAAAGCAACUUCUUUUGUACUGUGGCCAGAAUUUUGUACUGAGGGCUGAUUUUAAGAGUAUAUAGGUUUUAGAAAAACUACCAGUCCCACUACCUCCCCCUCCUGUCUUCCAUACUUCUUCCUUUUCUAUCUAAUCUAUUAUCUGCCUUCUUCACUCUUUUUUUAUGCUUCAUCUUUUCUCUCUACCCACUCUCUCCUUCCAUUCCUCAUUGUGGUAACCAUAUCUUUAUUUGCUUUGCGUGUGGCAGUUGCAGCUGUACAUGCCCUUUUUUAUGCUGCCACUCCUCAGCCCGCUCUGACACGAAGUUGCACCCAUUGACCCCACGUGCUCCAACUCUCAAGCUUACAUUCCUGCCUCAGUCAAGCGUCGUCCUUGCCACUUGUCUUAUCUGAAUGUGCAGGUCUUUAAAGUGAGCCAUGCACAGAGAAUGGAUGAUUUUUUAAAUCCCCUACCGUCCAAUUUAACCUUACUCACACAAUUCAAAUCUUUGGAGAAGUGCACAAUCACAGUCACAUGUUCGUCAUAUUUGAUCUGCAGCUUUGCAGGCCACAAGACAUCAUCCUGUGCUAGCAGUUGGAUAGCACUGCUCUAAAGCACUAGUUUUAGACAAAGUUGUCCAAAUAUCAACAUCCUUGUAGCUGAAUAAAAGAACCUUGUUGGCUACAAGCUUCUUCCUGAAUGCUCUAUGUCAUAUUCUGCCCAAGUAGUACCUUUUGACACUCCUGGCAGUAUCUUUGUGAUUAGAUCUUCUUGCUUGGCCUUUUGGAUUGAUCCUGACUCUAAGUUUCUGGCUACUUUUCUGGCUUAGUGUCUUUGAUGCAGGCUGCUUUCUGGUUGCUGCAGUUUUAGGCUUGACUUUGUACGGUUCUACUGAUUUGCAGAACCUGCAGCAACAACAAAAGGUUAGAUAUGACAGCCUGCAUAUAAUCCACAAAUCCCAAGCCUUACUUCUCACUUCCCUGGCUAGCACAAAUGCUGCCUUCCUUUGCACUAGUAUUUCUUGUAUUUUGUUUCGCUGAACAACAAAAAACACCCAACACAAAAUACACCAAUGUCAUUAUUAUGCAAUUUCAUUAGAGCCCUCCCCUGUCUGUCUAAGAAGCUGUCUGGACAUUGCAUUUGGAAGGAAUUUGCAACAAGGGCAACAUUUUUUUCUACAAAGAACAGUUGUAGCAUAGUGAAAAGGAAUUUCUCUAACAAUGUAGAGCAGCACUAAAAAUGCCUUAAAUACAAUGUAAUUUUUCCUUCCCCUUGAGUCCAAUCAAUUUGACAAAUGUUUGUCUAAAGUUCACUGUUUUGCAAAUUUUGCCAGUUUUGCAAAUUUUUCAUAAAAAGGGGCCAGGUUUCUGACUGUUGUUAAGAAGUAUUUAUAAAGCACCCACAUAUUCCGCAGCACUGGACAACAGAAGAGUGUACAAAUGAAACAUACAAAAAACAGGAAGUAGAAGAGGAGAGGAAGUAAAUGGAGACUUGCUUAUUACAUUUUUCAGUCUAACAGCAAAAAGUGGUUAAACAAAGGUGUAGUUUGGUUCAGUGCUGCCCUUGGCACCCAACCACUGACUGCACCCCUCUUGGCAGGCAGCACAUGUGUAGUACAGUCUGCACAUGCACUGAAUGGGGAAGUGGGGGUGUCCCUUCAGCUCUGCUACCAGAUAUAUCCAAUAGCUUCUUUUUUAAUACAUAGAUAACUGUGGGCUGCCCCAUAAAUCUGCCACCCUAGGUAUUGGUGCCUAAAUAUAAAUCUGGCCCUGGGUGUGAGAAACAUGGUACGAGUGGCUGUGUCAAAAUCAGGCAUCAGCAAAGUGAGAUAUUUAGCACUGAAUACUUAUUUCAGUAUGUUAAAUAUUCUGGCAAGUUAUUGACAUUGGUUCCAACAUAAAUGCAGAUACCUAUUUUGGUGGAAGGGACAUCUUAAAGGAAAAGGAAAGGGUUAAUCUCUGGGAAGGGGGGGCCCAGUCAUACCCCUGGAAGGUGUUCAUGUCAGCAGAAAACUGCACUGGUUUUGGAUUUCAGGAGGAGCACCAUGGAGUGAUCCUCUUACUGCUUCUUCUUUCUUCCUGCAAGUGCACAUGUACAGUAGAGGGAAAAGCCAAACUUCAGCAAAAAAUGCAGUUAUUUCACUCUACUGCACAUACUCCUGGCCAAGCCCCAAGGGAAGAACACAGAAGAGGAAGAUCACUGCAGAUCAGCUUCUACAGGAAUACCCUGGGCUAGGGCAGUUUAUGGGAACUGGAGCACUGGCCUGUGUUAUCAGGUGGUUAUAAUCACUUAGGGGUCCCUUACAUUUGGCAUAACCCCAGUGAUUAACCCUUUCUUUUUCCUUAAAAAAUGUAUUAUACACCUGACUUAUCCUCAGUAUUAACCUGGCAGUAAGAAGAAACGUUAGUAACAUUUUUGGUAGACAAUAUAUCGUGUUUAGUCAAAGUGUCAAUAUCGCAGGGUUUUCUGCUUGCUAUUAUGCAGAAAGUUGCUGCACCCAUCCUCAUAGAGAGAAGCCAGUAAUGCAAUAUAAAAUCUUGUAAAUAGAAAUGAAUCCUCUAUGUUGUCAUUAUGCAGUCUUUUCAUUUUCCAUAACACUAACUAUGUAGCCAAUAUUUAUUACAUGAAUAUAUACUCAAGUAUCUAUACAGACACAGAAACCUAUAUAUGUUUGUAGUUAGAUAUAAAUACUCUCAGUUGGGUUCAGCAUUGCCUGCCUUUCUUUUUUCAAGAGCAUAGUAAAAGCUUGCUAUUAAUACUUCUCUCUGCCGAACCGGCUACAAGCUGAGAACAGGGAUUCCCUCUUACGUCACUGCUAGGUAACCAGAUAAACAUAGCAAAGACAACACCUUAUAUGGCUAUCUACGUCACAGGAACUCCGGGGAGGCGGGGCAGGUUUCCCCAGUCUGUAUAGCAGGGCAGCUCUUGCAUUAGUAUUUAGAGCCUGAUUUUCACAGGAUAGAGAUAUUCGAACAUCGGCUCCCUGCUUGCUAAAUUUGGGGUUCCUUUGCCUCUCCUGACACGAAAUAUCGGGGAAUGCCUUGUGACGUCAGUAAGGGGGUUGUGCUAUUCCAGUAUAAAUAGGCUCUGUGCUGUGUGUUUCAUUCAUAAAUCUGUAAGCCGAGGUUGCGGGAGCUGCGAGCUGUACGUGUGGGAUUUGAAUAGGAUUCUGGUUUAUUAUACCUUAUUUCUUUUGUCUGAUGGUAUUUCCUGACUUAACGACAAGACCUUCUCCUCUUCACUGUUUUUAUUCUGAUCGCACUUACUGCUGUUUAGCUGUAAUGCUGGAACUUGCUGGGAAUUCCUUAUAUCCAUUAUAUGAAUAGGAAUCUGAGAGAAGCCAACUUUAGGAAAAAAAAGCGGAGCCAAAGACUGACAUUCUGGGGUUGCUCAGAGUAACUACACCCAAAAGCUCUGCCCCUAAAGGUGUUGGGGUGCAUAUAAGAGUUUUGGCACCUGAGAGUAAGCUGUCUGGAAUCCUACUGCUGGGACCAACAGGCUGUGGAAGAACUUUCACAUCAUAUCUGGUUGACAGCAUAGGAGGUAUCCCAUUGUGGAAUUACAUUUUGGGGAGCUAUUACUGCCUGGAUUUAUUGAGUAUUUCCUGACUGGAGAAUCUGCUGCUACCUGUAUUACUGAGAACAAAUUGAGCAUCAUUCAUUUUAUUUGGGGACCUUGUCAUGCAAAGAUACAUAUAGAUGCCAAAGCAGUGAAUGCCCACUGUACUGAGAACCCAAUGGUGAAUGUACAUGUGCUCACCACCAACCAAUUAAUUCUUAUCCUUCUUAUCCAAUUAAUAAUUAUCCUUAUUCAUUUGUAAAGUCCACUUUUCAGGAAUAUUGCAUAUUUCAAAAGCACUUCUAAUACAUCCAUUGCAUCUUGGGGGUCUGUGUCUGGUCUUUGUGACUAUAGUAUUUUUGAAGGGGUUUAAUUAAAAUAAAACAAAACCCCCUAAUAUUACUCCAACUCCUAAACGGUCAUGUACCAGGGAUACGAUUCCUCCAGCUCUUCCCCCUCUGCCGAGUCUCAGUAUCUGUCAUCAGUGGAUUCAUUUGGGAGCCCACAGGCAGCUGGUAUUCCACAGGAGUGUGCAGCAUUAUGUGAUGCCCCCACCUCAUUUGUUCCCACUGUUACGGCCAUUACCAGUAGCCAGGACCUCCAGUGGCUGGUCACCCCUGCUCUCAUCUCUUCUAUGGCUCAGUCCCAACCUACAUCAGGCCCUCCUAUUGACCCGUAUGACCUACCAGGCCCCAGCUAUGCCUCUCCUUCUGGGACAACUUAUGGACACACCUUGACUGAGGCCGCACCAGAGCAAGAGGAGGUACGUCCAUCCCGAGCUCGAGGCAAGAGAACUAGAGAGGAAGCAGCGCUUACUCCAGAGGAAGAAGAGAAAAGGCGCGUAAGAAGGGAAAGAAACAAACUGGCAGCUGCAAAAUGCAGGAACAGAAGAAGAGAGUUAACUGAUAGACUACAAAGUGAGACAGACAUUUUGGAGGAAGAAAAAUCUACGCUUGAGGCAGAGAUUGAUGAGCUACGCAGACAAAAAGAACAGUUGGAGUUUGCUCUUCUCUCCCACCGACCAGGAUGCAAACUGCCCUAUGAUGACAUCGACCUGCCAACUACAGAUCCAAGCACGUCCUAUCCUCAUGGAGCUCUCCUGCCCACCUAUCCAACACAACCGGAGGUAUCAUUCCCUAUCUGUUUGCCCCCACUGCCGGACUCAGACUGUGCCACCAGUGUGGGGUCUUACACCUCUUCAUUUGUGUUCACCUCCCCAGAGGGAGGAGCCUGUGGAGCCCGGUACCAGCGCAGCAGCGGAAGUGAGCGCUCAUCCUCAGACUCGCUCAGCUCCCCCUCACUCCUGGCUCUCUGAGACAUGACCAUCUACCCCUCUACACAUCCUCUGAAUUCAACUCUCCUUCUCUCCGUCCAGCUCUGCUCUGCUUAUCCAAGAGGUGCACAAUUCUGGUCCUCGAUGGAUGAUUAAGAGGUCAAGACAUAAGUAUAUUACUAUCAGUGCUCAGGUGAGUUGCUUAAUGGCUCAGUCUUUUUGACUGGCACUUCAAUGCUGUAUAAUGGAUAUUAAUAUCCUUAAGGCCUGACCAUUUAAUAGUCCUCGAGGACUGGAGUUGUGCACACCUAACUACUCAUUCAUUUGCUGAGUUCCCCUUAAGAAAUGCUUAAACUUUUUCCCUCUUCUUUCACUUAUGACCUUUAUCCAACUAACCUUUAGUCUUUUUUUAGUUCUCCACCAUCUUGACUUUUAUGAUGAAAUCUUCCAGUCUUUUUCUCAAUUACUGUGCAACUCAGUCAGGCAUUUUUUGCAUUACUAGAUUUGUAUUGCUUCAAGUCUUCAAAUUAUAACACCCAUCAAAUUACGCAGUAAUGUAACUUAAGACAGUCAAGCAUCCCCAUAAAAAAAAUCUUUGGGGGGCAACCCACCCUGCUGACAUUCAGUGGACGGUCAAGUUUCAAACAGCAGAAGGAGUUGCAGAGGGGGAACCAUACAGAAGACCCUGAGAUCAUCUGGGCUCUCCUCUCCCCAGGUCCCACCCCAAGAAUGGCAAGGUUUGCUGUAUGGUAGUUACUGCACUGGAUUUACCCAUUAUCACUGAAAGAACCCCACAGAGUCCCUUGUCCAUUAAUAUUUCCCACUACCCCCAUCAUUAUCAUCAUGCAAUCUUCCCCAAACUAUUUAUUUAACUUUGCCUCUCUAACCAUCCUUGAACACAAUGGCCAAUAAUUCCCUCCUAUUCUUACUUGCUUAAAUUUUCUAUAAAUAAUAUUGAAUACUCUUCUUAUUUACCUCUCCCAUUCUCAAUCCUGUACCUGUGAGCAUUUUCUUAAAUUCCAACAUCUUUCUAUGGAGCUUUUCGGAGUAAGACCAAGCAUUGUUAAGAAGGUUUCACAAUCGACAUUCCACUUCAAAGAACAACACACAAACAUCUUCUGCCACUGAGAUCCAAAGGGACCAGAAUCCUUUACUGUAGAGUGGAAUCAUAAAGGCUACAGAAAGUUCUUCACAACUACAAAUGCCAAGUGAUCUGCAAUGGCUUUGAAAAAGUGUAUCAUAUGGAUAGGGGACAAGAGGACAUAUGAGACAUGAAGUGUUGAAGCUUUCUCAUGUGAGCAAGAGUUGAAGUGUUUCUCAGACAUUCCCAUCACUGCCAAAAACAAGAACAUGAAAACUAGUUUAAGUCCUUCUCUGCUGUUGAGACCUGCCAAUAACUAUUUUCCUAAGACAGAGAACAUAGAUCACUUAUAACCUCUCCCAUUCCAACUUAUAAGUCAAAGCAAAGCAAGUGAGAAAAUCUGCAAACUUCUCAGCAUUUCCUGUUAAAUCUUUUUAAUUGGUGAGCCCUUCCAGAAGCCCAGGGACCAGGGUGUAGGUAAAAGCUCAGUUUUAGGUCCAUGUCACACAAGAACUAAAUUUUGAAAUACCUUUUAUUUCCAUAAAAUAAACCACGAGCACUCACCAAAAUAAAUGGGAAAUAUGUUCAAAAUAUGUGUGUUAUAUCUAAAUUAAAAUUAAUUUGGUAUUGCUCUGAUAAGUUGUGUGAUAUGAACCCAUCCUCUGACAAUUGUGGUCAGUCAUUGUCAAUAAGCAGUGUUACUUUGUGCUCUGUGUGUCUAGGUUUCAGCUUAAAAGCUUAUACACAGAUAAAAGGUUUUAUUUCAAUGGAUGAAGAGAUUUUUUUGCAAGUGGUAGUUAGCAAAGAUGUGUUUAUGUAAAUAUACGUUGUAUGUAUGUCUACAUACCCCUAUAUAAAUAGAUCCAUAUACAUACAAAUAAAUGGUAAGAUAUAAAGAUAGCCUUAUUUUUCUAUAUAUUUUUAGAAUAAUGAGCUUACCUAUAUGUAUAUAUAUGUUU